AAAUGGCAUCACUUGUUGACACUUCCUCUUCAGUUGAGGUGAUCGAAACACAAGCUCCAACAGCCAUUGUUUCAGUGAAUUUUCAACUCUAAACCACAAAUUCAGUGCUUCUCGACAGCUCCUUACCUUUGUUAAAGAAGACAUCAAAAAGGUUAUUAAGUUAGAAAGUUUUCACAAAAUGCGUUCCAGACUAUCAAUCCUCAUGCUGAUUUGCCUGCAGCUGGCCAUCACUUUGCAGCCCAGUCAGAGCAGUGUCCACCAUCCACCCGGCUUUAAAUUAAAAGAACUUAUCCAUAAAGGAUUUCACGAAUUAGAAGCACUGCACGAGAAGCAUGCUACUGGCAAAGCCGUCAUUCAGUCCCGCAAAUUUGGUUUGGGCAUCAAAGCAAUCCUGUUGAAACCCCUACUUUUAAUCGUAUUAGCUAAAAUCAAACUCGCUCUUUUGCUUGGCAAACCUUUCGCCCUUUUGGCCCUUAAAAAACUAUUGCUCAAAGCUGCCCUCGGCAAGCUGUUGCUCAAGAUUCCUCUGAUCCUCCUCGGUGGCAAGGCUGUCAUCCUCGCCAAGGUGUUGGCCCUUAAAUUCGCCCUCGUAACCAAAGGUUUGAUUGGAUUAAAAGCUCCACUUGCCCUCCUCUUCCUUGGUGGAUUCCUGAAAGGCGCAAUUGGAGGAUCAGGAUUCGGUUUAGCUUUAGGUCUUGCUGGUUCUCUUCUUAAACUAAAGGGACUCGGUGCAAACGAAGAAGAGUAUGAUGAACCAAGUUACACUUACCUUCCUCCUCCACCUCCUCCUGUCUAUAGUAGUGGACCUUCUCCUUACUCUUACGCUCCAGAGUAUAGUGCCCCCGCUCCUUUGUAUUCCAACGGCGGAAGCUUUGCCGGAAACAGUUUCACAACAGGUUACGAGAACAACGCAGGUGUGUUCACUGGAGGUUAUGAAAAUGGCCGCAAGAAGCGCGACGUUGAAGAAGAAAAUGAAAGCGAAGAAGAAUUUGAUAGCGAAGAGGAUAACUUUGAAGAAUCGCCGGAAGAACUUCGUCUUGAAUUCGAAGCUGCGCGGACCAAUGGAAACGCUUACCUCUACAUGGCCGCCCAAUUCGAUGAGCAAUCUUGCGGUCACCGCCUCAUGUGCGAAGUCUACCAGAAGUCACAACAAAGUCUGACGGAAGACGAGAAAAUUUUGCGCAAUAUUUUCGGCUAUCCGAUGUCUCCGUUGAACGAGGAAGAUAAAGACACCCCUAAAGAAUCGUAUUACAGAGCAGCCCAAAUUGGGGCUUCUCAACAAGGCCGUGCCAAUAACCAAAUUUGCGCUCGUUUCUAUUCAACUUGCCCUCACAAUGCUGAACAACUCAUCCGCAUCUUUAUUGCGGAUGAUAACGCAAACGACAUUGAAACUGGACAUCGUCCAGCCAUUCAACAACGGCCUCAAACCAGCGUCCGUCUGCCGUUCUAUCAUCAACGCCAGCCAUCCGUUUCACCUGUUCUUACCAGGUUGGCCCACAAUCAACAAUCACACGUAAUCAAGACCACCCAACAGCAAGCGAGACGGUCCACAGAGACUCCUGUAGCACCUCUUCGGCAAAGAUUAGUUUCACCAGCGGCUGUUUGAGUCGCCCGAUGAGACGCUACACAUUCCACUAGAUGGUCUGUCGAUCAGCCCGAUCUGUUUUCAUUCACAUAGCUGACCUAUUAACACUUUUUUUUAUUUUAAACUUGAUGAUUUUAUGAUUGAAAACGAUUAGAUCCUUAUAAUGAAUGAAUGCAAUAAACAGAUUCAUACAAA